UAUUAUUAUAUAUAAUUUGAUAGAGGAAAAUUAAAGCAUUGUUUUUUUAUUUUAUUUUUAUUUAUGAUCAAGUGAUAUAUUAAAUCACCAUAAUUUAAAUCAAUAUUAUAACUUAUAUAUCUAAAAUAGGUAAACAUCACUAAUUAUGUUCAUCUAAUAUACAUACAAUAAUAACCACCAAUUUUUUAAUAAAUUUAAUUUCAAGCAAAAUCUAAACCACUGAAGGAAAAGAGUUUUGAGAUGUCUAAGUUUAAAUAAACAAAAUCCUUGCUCUCAGCAAAAUUCUUAAAUAUAUAAAAAUGUAACAACUGAAAUUUAAGUUUCUAAAUGAACAGCAGGGAAUGCAAAUUCUUGUGUAUGAAUAUAGUACUAGAAAGUUAUUGUAAUUGAGAUUAGGAAGAGGAAACAGCAAAUCAUCAUUUUCUGUUUGGAGAGUUGGAAAACAUAUGAAAGUUGUUUAUCAACAACAGAGAAGUGAGUGAUAUGAGAAAAAAAAUAAAUAAAUAAAUUACAACAGAAUCUAAUUUCCAAAACAAUUGGAGCAAAACCAACCAGAAAAACAGCAAUGCCAACCCAAGUUCAACGGAUUACCAUGAAUUCUAGCUCAUAUCCUUCAUUCUCAAAACCAUUUCCUUCCUUUUUCUUUCUCUUCCUCCCUCCACCUUCUUUGCUCUAGCCCAAGGCCACCACCGUCUGCAUUUAGGUGCAGGUUGAGGAGGACUACGUCGCAGCUGAAUUAUGGAUAUCAAUAACCCGCAAAAUUUCUAUCAUGUACCAGAAAACACUCCUUUCCAUUGUUACAUUGUGAACAUCACGGCAGAGCAUGGCUUCUGGCAAAGUGAAAACCCCUUGACUCAAGCCCUUCCUCUCCUCGCAUGGCAACUCUCCGUCGUCAUCAUGAUCAACCGUGUUCUCUUCUAUCUCUUCAAGCCUCUGGGUACCCCUCGCAUUGUCACCGAUAUUCUGGCUGGUCUAAUGAUAGGACCAAGUGCCUUAAGCCAAACCCAUUUCUUUUCAGUGAUGUUUCCUUUGAGAAGCAUUUUCAUAGUAGAAACGGUGUCAUACUGGGCCUUGACUUGUCACUUGUUCUUGGCUGGUUUAGAAAUGGACAUGGCUUCCAUCUUCCGCUUAGGCAGUAAAUCCAUCCGCUUCGCCAUCGUCGCUACUCUUCUUCCCUUCAUCAUUGGCAUUGCCCUUUAUUUCAUUUCCACUGGUGCCAGGGGACACCCUCAUGCCACCAUUGGUUGCAUCUUCUGGGGCGCAGCUCUCACAGUCACAAGCUACCCUGUGGUUGCUAGAGUAUUAGCUGAUCAGAAGCUCCUCCACGCCGAUAUUGGAAGAUUAGCCAUGUCUAUUUCUAUUGUGAGUGAGAUAUUUACAUGGCUUCUUCUAGCCGUUCUGAUACCAGCCAGGGUGAGCGCAUUAAAUGCAGUACUUUCUCUUGUUGCAACUGUGGGCUUUGCAGUUUUCUGCGUCACCCUGGUUAGGCCAGCUCUUGCCUACGUAAUUAGAAAGACUUCGAAAGGAAACAAGUACAGCGAGCACUAUUUAUGUUUCAUUCUGGUGUCAGUUUCUUUCUUUUCUCUGGUGAGUGACAUGCUAGGGACGACCUCCAUUAUUGGGGCUUUCAUUUUCGGGCUUAUAAUGCCAAACAGGGUGCUUGCAAGUGUGCUUCUGGAGAAAUUUGAGGACUUUGUGACUGCAUAUUUGUUGCCUCUGUUCUUCUCCGCUGUGGGUAUAAGACUUGAAAUUUGGAAAAUAAGCCACUGGGGUGUAGCAUUGCUGCUAAUAAUCUUGUGCUGUGGGGCUAAGAUUGUAAGCAUUUUCUUGGCUUCUCAUUUCUACAAGAUGCCUCGUCAACAUGGUUUUGCUCUUGGAGUUCUUAUGAACACCAAAGGCAUCUUGGCAUUGAUCAUUCUUCACAUGGGCUUCGACAAAUUGUUGUUGCCAAGCGAAGAAUAUGCGAUAAUGGUGCUUGCUAUUCUGCUGAUGACUGGAGUAGUCCCAUCCAUUAUAUCCUCGAUUUACCACCCCAACAAGCGUCAUUCCCAAUACAAGCAGAGGACAAUACAGAAAGCAAAACUUGACUCCGAAUUUAAGAUCCUAGCUUGUUUCCAGAGCAGCCGCAAUGUCUCUGGAAUGAUCAACAUCUUAGAAUGCUCCAAUGCCUCCAAAGAAUCACCUCUCAAUGUCUUCGCCCUCCAUCUCAUCGAGCUUACUGGCCGUGCCUCUGCAAUGCUUAUUGUCCACAACCCCAACAAGACCAGCAGUAGCCGCAGAAACGCGUAUUCAGAGCAAAUAAUUAAUUCUCUCCAGACUUAUGCCAAUCUAAAUGAGCUUGUCACUAUCCACCCUCUAACUGCACUGUCCCCAUAUGCCACCAUGCAUGAAGAUAUUUGCGGUCUAGCUGAGGACAAGGAAGUGGGUUUCUUGAUCCUCCCAUUCCACAAGCUACCAACUCCUGAUGGGAAAUUGGAGGAAGAAGGUAGCACUUCAUUUAGAGGUGUAAAUCUAAAUGUGUUAGCCAAUGCACCCUGCACCGUUGGUAUCUUCAUAGACAGAGGACUUGGAGCUACUGGAGAAUCCAACCUCACAAUGCGCCAGAUAGCCAUGUUGUUCAUUGGCGGCCCUGAUGAUUGCGAGGCAUUAUCAUAUGCCUGGAGAAUGUCAAUGGGCCAUGGUGUUUGUUUAACAGUUGUGAGGUUUAUUCCUGGAGAUGGUAUAGAUCUUGAAGCAGAACAAGCCCCAGUUGGCGAUUCCCGGAGAUCACUGGCAACUCUCGCAAGCAUGGAAAAACAACGGAGGUUGGACGAUGAGUUUGUGAAUGAGUUCAGGCUCAAGUCUGCAGGAGAACAGUUUGUGGUGUACGAGGAGAAGGUGGUGAACAAUGAUGAAGAGCUAAUUACAGCUCUAAAAGGAAUGCACCAUAUGUAUGAUCUCUAUGUGGUGGGUAGAAGGGAAGGGAUGGACUCUCCUCUCACUGCUGGAUUGAUGGAUUGGUGCGAGUAUCCGGAGCUUGGGGCAAUGGGGGAUUUGUUGGUUACCUCAAGCUUUGCACAGGGUUCAGUUAUGGUGGUGCAACAAUAUAGUGGUUAUGAAGAUGAAGAUGAUGCAGACAUGGUGGUGGAUACGGGAAGUUCUGAGCAUGGAAGGGAACAAUUCAGGGAUUGGCGGGCACCAUCAGAAGAUAAUAAUCAUGGUGGUCUUGAGGAGGUGGAGCCAUUUGCAAUGAACAAAAUCAAGGAUCAUCAUCGUAGUAUUGAUGAACGUGUGUAGCGAUCGAUAUGAAUUGUCUCUUCUUUUUUCUUAAUUAAUUGUUUAUAUGGGCUACUCUAUUGUAACGAACAAAUAUAAUUCCAUGAACCCUAGUACAUAUGUUUUCCUUUUCA